GUCUGGGUUGGGACGUGAUGAAACCCAUUGGCAUCCCUAUAGAGUCUGCAAUGAACCAACAAGGCAACAGAGGGGCUUCAACAGUAAGCCUUUGAUCACAAAGCAUUCAACACCCAACCCCUGCAUUCGUCCAAUUAGGCCUUAGCCUCAAACAGUUGGGAUUGCCCAACCAUUCGCCAGCGCGCAUCUUCAUAAAAACGGUAAUGGAGCAGAGAAAAAGGUUAGGAAACAAAGCCUCAUGUGCGUUUAACACGGAAUGUAUAUUGCAUGCCAUCCAUGGACGAGAGCAGUACAUGAUAUACUGUUCUUAUACCCUCCAAAUUCCAAAGUCCAAAGUCCAAAGAGUAUUUUCUCCAUUCUUCUAUCUAUCUGGCGCAGCCCCUGAAGGGAUCAUUUCAGAAUCACCCUUCCAUUUAUUUACGGAGUUUGUUUCAGGCUUGCUUCCAUGGGAAUCCUUUGUUCUGGACCCGAGUUUGUAUCACCUGCAAUCACCCACAUCUACUAAUACAUCAAACAUCUACUUCACCUUUUAUAAACAUAGAUAGCUGUCUCCCAAUCUCAUAGAAGUUAUUUACAGAAUAACCACCCAACCAUAAGAAUUACUCAGGGCGGAAGUUCACCAGACUAGGGAGGUUAGCUGAAGCCCCCAAGCCUACAAUAAAUCCAAUCUCAGCCGCUACUGCUGCUGGAAUUGCAGACAGAGGUGCCUCCGUGGUUACUAUUGCUGCAAUGAAUGGGGAUGCCUGGAGUUUGGGGAAUGUUGAACCCAGAAUAUCGGAAGAAUCCAGUGAUAAAUCAAAGGUUUGGAAGCUCACUGAAAUCAGUGAACCAUCUCAGUGUCGAUCCUUGAGGCUUCCUGAAAACUCGAGGGUAACCAAGAUAUCAAGGUUAAUCUUCACAAAUUCAGGUAAUGCUAUUUUGGCAUUAGCAUCAAAUGCUAUUCACUUGCUUUGGAAGUGGCAGAGAAGUGAUCUUAAUUCAAAUGGCAAGGCAACUGCUACUGUACCACCUCAGUUGUGGCGACCUUCAAGUGGCAUUCUGAUGAAAAAUGAUGUUGCCGGCACAAAUCAUGAAGAUGCUGUACCCUGUUUUGCUUUAUCAAAGAAUGAUUCUUAUGUAAUUUCAGCAUCUGGGGGAAAGAUAUCCUUGUUUAAUUUGCUGACAUUUACGACAAUGGUAACGUUCAUGCCACCACCGCCAGCAGCGACUUUUCUUGCAUUCCACCCACACGAUAAUAAUAUUAUGGCUAUAGGCAUGGACAAUUCAACAAUUGUGAUAUAUAAUGUCCGUGUGAAUGAGGUGAUUGCUAAACUUAGAGGCCACUCCAAAAGAAUAACUGGCCUUGCCUUCUCUCAUGUACUGAAUGUGCUUGUCUCAUCGGGAGCGGAUUCUCAGCUUUGUGUAUGGAACACCGAUGGAUGGGAAAUGCAGGAGGCCAGAUUCUUGCAGGUUUCAGCUUGGAGGACACCAACAGCACAGUCAGACAUGGCUGUACAAUUCCAUCAAGACCAGAUGCAUUUUCUUGUUGUAGAUGAGACUCAGCUUGCAAUAUAUGAAACAACAAAGCUAGAAUGUUUGAAGCAGUGGGUCCCACGUGAAUCUUCUGCACCAAUAACUUUUGCAACAUUCUCAUGUGAUAGCCAACUGGUAUAUGCCAGCCUUUUAGAUUCAACUGUCUGUGUGUUUAGUGCUGUGAACCUCAGACUAUGUUGUCGAAUAAAUCCUUCUGCUUAUCUUCCUGCUAGUGUCAGUUCCAAUGUUCACCCACUUGUAAUUGCUGCACAUCCAUCAGAGCCAAAUGGAUUUGCAUUGGGACUCUCAGAUGGUGGGGUUCUUGUCUUUGAGCCCCUUGAAUCCGAAAACAAAUGGGGCGUGCCUCCACCAGUUGAAAACGGGUCAGCCAGCAGUGUGGCAGCAACACCUUCAGUUGGAGCUCCGGGACCAGAACAAGCCCAGAGAAGAUGAAAUGGCUGCCUGAGCAGAAGUUCUUUUAUUUGCUUGGCUUGCGUGCCCAUCCCUAAUUUAGGUAUGCUUUUCCAGUAUCUAAUUUGUUAAGAACAGUAUUGAUGAAAGCGAGACAUCCCAAGCUAGUUGAUCCAACACCUGGGUUGUUCUCCAUUUUUUGGAAUUAGAACUGAAUUUGGGUAAUCGUAA